AUGGAGGAUGACUCUGCCAACACUUUUAUUAUCCGACCAGAAUAUGCCCACAAAUUCAAGGCAGCACAGGUACAAGGUAUUCUGCACGAGGCCCUGGCAGACUUUUUUGCCGAUAAACAAUAUGACACAGAGCUGGCCCUGCAAUGGGCCCAGGAGAUCAGCGAUUUGGUGAAGGAGAAACUCAAGGCUCUCCAGCUGCCGCGCUACAAGUACGUGGUGCAGGCAGUGAUCGGCGAGCAGCGAGGCGCUGGCGUCAAGAUACCGAUCAAUUGGCCCAAGACACCUAUGUCAAUCUCCACUGAUGUGUGUGUGUGUGUGUGUGUGUGUGUGUGUGUGUGUGUGUGUGUGUGUGUGUGUGCAGUGGUGGCGCUGGUCGUCUGUACCAACGAGAUGGAGGGCUUGUUAGGCCUGCUGCGUGCCAACCUGACAGCACCCACGGCAGAUUCACAGGCAGCACUGAUAGCGCUCCACCACAGCCCAGAUGCAUGGACACCAUUGUUGGAAGUGAUCCAGCGUCAGCCAGAGGCGGGAGAGGCCCAGCUUGCUGCAAGCACUCUAGCUGAGCUUGCCCGCUUUCAGUCGACAACGCUACCAGCCGAGCACGCCCAGCACCUCCAGGGACUCAUCCGACCUCAGCUCACUGAGGCGCAAUUCACCCCAAUUCGGCGCGCCCUUGCACGCUGCCUUGCUUUUCUGUUGGCACCACGCGCCGAACAUGUGCUGGAGGCUUUGGAUGUUCUCCACGCCACGCCGCAGCUCAGUCUGGCCGACCGGCUUGAGCUUCUGGUUGCGCUGCGCCUCGUUCACCCGCAGGCACCCCCGCCUUCAAGUUCGGCAGUGGGUCGCUUAUUGACCAUGGUUUGCGAUGCUGGCGUGACGCAAUCUGCUACGCGCCAGACAGCCUGCACUGUUGCAGAACUCUGGUGCACAACCCCCGGACUGCGGGUCGUCGGUGUAGCUCGCAUCAUUGGGGCAUUGGCCAGCUGUUUUGAUACACCGGACAUUGGUACCUUUCAGGCCGCUGCUGCAGCCCUGACGGCCGUCUGCCGUUGUUGCACUGCGCGCGAUGCACAAGAAGAGCUCUUUGCGUUUCUGGUGCAGACUUCUGGUGCCUGGCUGCAGCUGUACCAGCAGUGUAUACAGGAGCCCGAGGCGCGACAGGCCGUUGCCAUGGCCUUUUUAGGAAUUAUGGCUGAGUCAUUGCCCGCGCUGCAUGGCGCGGCUUUGGCCAACCGGGCGGAAGAUCUUGAAACGGUGGUUCACAUGAACCUGGUCAUCCUUGAUGACCCUGCGUUACCAGUCUCACAUCUGGCACUGCAACUGUGGGAGAGCCUGGAAAUGCUUCUAGAAGAUGCUCCCGCCACCAACGAACUUUGGACAAGAUGCUUACAGAGCGUCAGUCUCAAAGCUCUGAGCCGGCAUAUGCUGCCCGAGGGUGCUCGCGAUGAGGUGGCUGAGGUAGUGCAAGAUGAUGAUUGGAUUGCCUUCCGACGUUGUGCUCGCGAUGUGCACGCCCAGGUGGCGCGGGGAUGCGGUCCUGCGGCCGCACUAGAUAUCCUGCCCGAUAUGACGACGUGGCCACGAAACGCGAUUCGAGAACAUGAUCCGACGCGUUGGAUGCCCGUGGCAACUCGCGUGCACCAAGCCGUGACAGCAGCGUUGUCUAUGGCAAAUGAACAAGAGUGGCUUAUGGUUGCCAUGUUUGAGCUCGGGACCGAAGGGCACGAGGCCCUAGCCAGUCUUCCUGAGCUGUCUCUACGUCUCUGGGAAAAGAGCACUGAUGCCAUGCUGAGUGAUUUAGAGGCCCUGCGCAAGAGCGCGGCCCUGUAUUUUCGACAAGUGUGUAUUGCACACGGAGAUUUGCUGCAGGGUGCCAAUGACUUGCUUGUUUCCUUGGGCGCUGCUUGUCAAUCCCUCUCGAGCCUGCCCUUGCAAAGAGUGUACGCCUCAUCAACCUUUGCCGCGCUUGCUAAUAGUUCCACAAUUGUGGCAGAGGGUCUGAUACGUGUAGCUGCCCAACUCGAUGGCGACGUAUCCCAAGCUUGGUGUGUGUGUGUGUGUGUGUGUGUGUGUGUGUGUGUUACGCAUUUGGCUGAGGAUGUUCCACUGAGCGUUUGCAUUGCGUUAGAAGCGGUGCGCACAGCCAUGUCAGCCGCCGCACAAGGCCGGUCUAAUGAGCCUACACGUGCCACUGAGGUGCUGGCCACAAUUAUUCGCUUUCUACCACGGGCCUGUGAGCAGGCAGCCGAGGCAGUUGUGCCUGUUCUGGAGCAGGCUGUCAAUUUGGCGCGCAGCGACCCAACCGUGGCGCAAGAACUCUUAGCAGCCCUCGAACCGCUGCUGGGUGAACUGGCGCGUGUCCACUUGGCCAUGGCAUUGCGAGCGGGGGCAGCCUUGGUUGAGUCUAUGGGCAGCAUGCCGGCCUGCGGACCAACGCUUGAGCCCCUUUUGACGGCGCUGUUUGCUCAAGGCCUCGCCCAUAUGGAUGCCGACGCGAGUGAUGGCGAGGUGGCGGAGGCUGUUUUCGCCCUGCACUUUCGCAUGGCGCUUUUUUCCAGUCAAACGCUCCUCAGCGAUGUUCUCUUUGACGCCGUUCUUCAGCGGGCUUUUCAGGCUUUGGCCACGCCCAACCGGCGAGUGGUGAAUGCGGCAUUUCAGCUUUUGAUACCAUUCUUCAAGCGUGGGCAUGCUCGGGCUCAGGCCUGGUUGCAGGUGCAGCUGGAUGCGGUCGCCAUGUUCGUAGCCACGGCAUGUUUGGAGGCCUUUGAAGCUGAAACUCUGACGCGACUUGCGGUCCUCAUUGGGGCCAUCGUCAGCGGGGAACCCAUGGUGCGAGACAAGGUUUUACAGGUCCUUUCGAAGCUGGGGGCCAAACCCGAUGCCGUUCAGAUGCUCGAAACGUCCCUGGUGGGUGACAUGCUGCCCAACAUUGUUCGCGAUGGCCUUUUCCAGGUUUGGGAGUGCCAUCGCCGUCCCUCUUGA